GAAUUGGUUGGAUUCUCUUUCUACGAACAUCACAAACGAGCAUAAACAUUUGCAUUGGGUGGCUGCUGUCCCUUAGCAAACAAACCCAUUUUCAAUUAUUAUUUGAUUUUCGGUCAAAAUAAAUUGGAUUCUAUUGAGUGUACGUGAAAAGUAUUAAAUGGCUUAAAAAAAUUUGAAUUUAACCAAUGAACAAAGAAACUGAACAAUAGAACAAAUUCGAAUUGAAAAAAAAUAUGUUCGAUGUCUUUCAUAACACACAAAAUUUAAUGUUGUUGUGAAAUAUAGUUCGUUUGUAUGUGUGUGUGGGUAUUUGAGCUGCAAACACAUUUGCAAGUGAAAAGAAAGUGCAAAAAAAACGCCAAAAUUACCUUUGAUUGAGCAUAACAAAGAAGAAGAAGAGAAAAACAAAGACCAAAGAAGUAGUGUGUACAGCAAAUGUGUUGUACGUAAUUCUUUGUACGAACAAAAGAGUGCCGAUGUAUUAGUUUCAAUGACACACAUCCACUCAUAAGUACAACGUUAGUGUUGCUCGCGUCAAUGUGUGCAUGCUGUAUAUUUCCAUCGCCACAAAUGAAGAGCUAAAAUAAAUGUGCGUGCAUGAUCCAUGUGAACAUAACAAUACACACAACAACAAUCACUGUUUCGAUUUCAUUUUCGUCAAACGUAAUCCACAACGCUCGAUGCAUUAAUAAUCAUUACGGAGAUAGAGAUAGAGAGCAGUAGUAAAUACCGACACCAAGAGUGAGGAAGACAAAAACGUGAAGAGAGACACAAAAAAUAGUGUUUCAUAUCAUUUGUUUUUGAUUCUCAAGCAAGAAAAAAAGUCACCGCAAAAAUACCAGCAAAAACACAUGAUUCAUUUGGUGAAAUUAUAAAGAGAUUGAUUGUUUAGCGAAAAGAGAUGUACAGAAAGUGUGAUUCAGUAUCAAUAGCCUCACAUUUAAAAACGAAUGCACUGUGAACAAGUUACACGAUGAGAAUCGCAUCGAAUCACAGAGUUUAAUAGUUUAUCUAAACGAUGAAAAUAUCGCUGCAGUGAAAAGAGUUCAAAGCAGACAGACAAGGGGCAAACAAAAGACAGAAGAAAAUCAGUGUUUCGAUGAAUUAAUAGGCGUAAUAAUUGUGUAUUUUAGCAACGUAAAUUGAUGGAGUGAACAUUUUCAUUUUGAAGGUGAAGUCGCGUGUGUAUGCAUUCGUCAAAUUUCAAUGUAUUUCUAAUUCAUCCGACGUAAUACAGAAAAACACCAAACCAUUUUUUUUUUCGUUCACGCGUUCGUUUUUUUUUUCACAUUUAAAAUAGUGGUCGCUAUUCGGUUGAUUUUCUAAAUUUCGGAAUUUUGAGUUUCAUUUUCGAUUUCACGAAUUGCUUGCGACGCCCGAUUGUGUAAAUCAAUUUUUCAUCGUGCUUAUUUCACGGUACACACACCGCGACUGGCGAAUACAAAAUACACACUUUUUCGACGAAAUUAAUUGAGCGAGUUGUGUAAGUCGGGCGGUGUUUUAUUUUUCUUUUGAGCAAAGGAAAACCAUUUUUCUGUCACACAUUGGCCAUAACAUUGACAAUUGGCACAUCAACCGUAACUGUGCUAUUAUACUUUGACGACGACUUUUUUUGUUUUGUUUAAAUAACACAUUUUGCCUGCGCUGAAAAAUCUGAUUCAGAGCGGCGUAGACAAAAUAGCAAAGCGCUAUUGAUGACAGAGAAGAUAAAUUAAAACAGAUCGACGACAGAAAAGUAGUGCCUUUUAUUGUAUGCGCAUAAUAGAGUGACAACAAUUACGCAUCCUACGAUUCGUUGUGCUAUACAAAUAAGCUGAUCACUUAUUCGCCACUUGCGAACGCCAAAAAAAAAAUAAAGUUACUCAGCGAAACAAAGAAAUACUUGCAGAAUUAAAAAAAACUCUACAUACCUUCGAUUGAAUCGCUUGAUUGAACUUCUAAUCGAUCUAUUUUACAAUGGCCGACUUUGAUGCAAUUUACGAAGACGUCCAAGAUGAAGAGCCCGUUCCGGCACCAAUUCCACCAAAACUCGAACCCAUCAUUAUUCGUGGCACUGGAAACAUGACUGUUUUUGGGCUAAGUAGUAGCUUUAACACGAAUUUCCCCGCCGGUUUGCAAUCACGCGUAGCGCCGGAAGAGUUCAAAGCAACUGUUGGCCGAGUGAAUAAUAUUCUAAAAAAAUCCUUACCAUUAAACAUUAAGUGGCUUUUUUGCGGAUGCAUAUGUUGUUGUUGCACGUUGGGUUGUUCUUUUUGGCCUGUGAUAUGUUUAAGUAAACGAACACAACAUACGAUAAACAAACUAUUGGAGUGGGAAAAUCAACAUUUAUACAAUAAGCUGGGACUUUGUUGGCGAUUGAAUAAACAACAAUGCGAUACAAAUUCAAUGCUGGAAUAUGUAUUGGUGAUUGAAUUCUUGCCAAAAAUUGCCAUUUAUCGUCCAGAUUAAAUUUGCUGCUCUAUUCCAAAUGCAUACAAUACUAUACAACUGAAACCGAUCCAAACAACCAUUGUUAUCAAACUCUAUUUGUUCUGCAAAAUGUUGAUGAGUGAACAAACAAAAUAUACAAUCGAUUACACUGUUAAGUAAUCAACCUAUGCACAUUCUGGGCCACAAUUUGGCAUUCAUUUUUUUUUUUCUAGAUUUUAAGUAUUUUGUUUAUUCAUUUUCUUCUUCUUAUCUACACGUUUUUUUUCUUCUGUCAACUACGCGACAGAAAAUAUUUCGAAAUAUCGGAGCAAAGCGAUUCGACGUAGAUUGUCAACAACUGUUUUUUUUUUUGUGAGCAACAGUUUUUCGAGUGUUUAGAACAUCAUCAAAAUGAUAUAUUUUGUUGAUUUUCUUUUCUUUUGAUCAUCAUCCGAAUGAAUAGCUCUUUGAAUCGAUCUCUUAAUUGUCAUGACUCGAACGCUUUGCUCCUUUUUAACACCAGCUAAAAUUCAUUUGAUAAGUUUAAAAAUUAUAUAAAAUUAUUUUUUUCGUGUCAGUCGAGACUCGACUCCCAAUUUUUGGGAAAUUUCAGAGCAUAUCGGCAGCUAAUUUGGUCAGCUCUUACUGAACUAAAAUGGUAUAUUUAGCACGUUCAAUUUGCAUUGAGCUGCUAAGUUUAGUAUGAGCUCUCUUGGAGCUGAUGGAAUUGGUUUGGUCGUGUAUGUUCUGAAAGAUUGAAAUUGAUUUUAAGAAAUUUUUCAUUCAUUUUUAUCAAUUUAAUAAUAUAUGUUUUUGAAAUCAUUUCUUUUAUUUUUGUAUUCAACAUCUAAUUCUAUCCAUUUUGCAAAACCAUUUUCAAACAUAAGAUAUUAAGCAUUACAAAUUACUAUUUUAAUAUAUACAUAAAUAUAUAUAUUUGAAAUGAAACCAUGUAAAUAAUAAAGAGAACAACAUACUAAUGCGAUAAUUAAGUUUCGAUUGUUGACGACCGAUUCAAACAAUUCGAUUUUAUUUUUGUAAUUGAAAAGUAAUAUUUAUAAUGUAUUAAUGCAAGAGAGAUUUGAUGGAACGAAUAAAACCGCGAAUGUAGAAAAAAACAAUUCAAAAAUAUUAUGCAGUAAUUAAAAUGAAAACGUUUUGUAUGAAUGUAAUAAAACAAAGAAUGCAUUGAAAAAUAAACGAGAGAAACCGGAAAGCUUGGAUGACCAAUGACCUUAAUGACGCAAACGAGAAUCAUCCAAUUAAGAGAGAAUCACAACUAUUUACACAAAACAAUUAACAGAUUAAGAGAUGAGUUGAAGCAUGGGAACUUCGAAUUGUAAACAAGCAAAACAAAGUAAAAAACAGAACUUCCCAUUAAUUUUAAGGAUAAAAUAUAUAUUUUAAGAGCUUGUUCACACCAAUUCAGUAAAAUUCGUUGUGAAAAUCAUGUUGACAAUUUUCUGUUUCAUGUUGCGAAUAAAUUUUAAAGUCCAAAAAAAA